AUGGCAUGGGAGACUCCUCCUAUUAUACCUUUUGAAAUUCAAACUCGGCGUCUUUUAAAACUCGUCAAGUCAAAGUACCAUCUCUCCUCUGCCCGCCCUCAGCUCAGCUACCGCUCCUCUCCGACUCCUACGCGCUCAGCAUCAAUGAGCUCAUUCAUUCACUCCGUCACAGUUCCAUCCCGCCCAUCGGCAUCGAUCAACCUUUUGGGACACCUCCGUUAACUCUUUCCACCUCUCCCCUCCAGUAACAUCAUGCCACGUCACCCCAUUAAGUAUGAACACUCUUUCGCCGUUAUCCCCUCCGUCUCCCCUCCCCCCUCCCAUAAAAAGUCCCCCCUCUCUUUCUCUCCCCUCACAUUUCCAAAGGCUCUUGCUUUUUCUCUGUCAAUCAACCAAUCAAUCUUCUCUCUCUCUCUCUCUCUCUCCAGCUUAAGCUGAGCUCCUUCAGCAUCGCCCGCCGGCCGGAUCUGAACCGAAAGCGCUACGCAGAGACACAGGAGAGAGAAGCAGAGAUGACAUCCUUAACGGCGACGUACUGGUGCUACCGGUGCGCCCGCUUCGUCAGCGCCUGGACCCAGAGCGACUCCGUCUCCUGCCCCUACUGCAACUCCGGUUUCAUCGAACAGCUCCCUCCAGAUGCCGAUGCCGAUGCCGACGCAAGCUCCUCCCCGGAGCCCUUCCCCGAUAGCCCCACCCCUCAUCCGAGAUUCCCCCCCUCCGCCAUGGCCAUGCUUGGAGUCGCCCACGCUGAUGAUCACCCCAACCGCACUACCGACUCCCGGGUCCGUCGCCGGCGCACCCCCGCCGCCGGCGACAGGUCCCCGUUCAACCCUGUCAUCGUCCUCCGGGGGCCUACCUCCGACAGCGACAGCGAAAGCAACACCUUUGAGCUGUACUACGACGAUGGCACUGGCACAGGGCUCCGGCCGCUGCCUGCCACCAUGUCGGACUUCCUCAUGGGGUCCGGGUUCGACCGUCUGCUGGAGCAACUCGCGCAGCUGGAGAUCACUGGAUUCGGGCGGCCCGAGAACCCGCCUGCCUCGAAGGCGGCCAUCGAGUCGAUGCCGAGGAUCGAGAUCGGUUCAGACCACAUCGGAUCGGAACUGCACUGUGCCGUCUGCAAGGACGCAUUCGAGCUCGGAGCGGAGGCCCGAGAGAUGCCGUGCAAGCACGUGUACCACUCCGACUGCAUCCUCCCGUGGCUCUCGAUGCGGAACUCCUGCCCAGUCUGCCGCCACGAGCUGCCUGCGGACCCGAGCCCCGUCAACAGUUCCAAUCAAGCCGGGGACGAGGAGCCGGUCGGGCUGACGAUAUGGAGACUGCCGGGAGGUGGGUUCGCUGUGGGGAGGUUCAGGAGAGGUGGAGAUAGGGAGCUGCCCGGUGUAUACACGGAGAUGGAUGGCGGUUUCGGCAGGUCGAAUGGGACUCCGAGGAACGUCUCAUGGGGUUUGAGCAGUCGAACGCGAGAGAGAAGCGGGUUUGGGAGGAUAUUCCGGAACCUUUUUUCCUUCCUGGGGAGGUCUAGACUGUCUAAUGAAUCAUCGGAUUCGGGAUCGAUUCGGAGAAGCCGGAGCAUCGGUGGAUUCCGGAGGAGGAGGAACAGAACUUGGGUUCUGGAGCAUUAGAGUUGAGAUGAACUCGGUAAUUAAUUGGUAUAUCCCACUAGAGCUAAAAAGAAAAAAAAAGUAGUAAAAAUUGUUCAAAAUUUUUUCAUUUAUUAUUAAUUCAUUUGCUUUGCUAGAACUAAGAUUAUGAUCGGUAAGAUUAUCAGUGCAUGUAUAGACAUAGAUAGAUGCAGUACCUAUGUAAUUGCAGGAAGAAAGAAAUUUUUGACUCGUACAACUUAUCCUCCCGAUUGUUUGAAAUUUUUCUGGAAAUGAGGAGAAUAUAUGGCAGAGCACACUGCACAGCAGAGGAAACACAAACAAACAUAUAUGAAGUUCGAGUUUUACAUCGUU